AUGGCCACCCUAGCAGCAGUGGCUGCCCGACCCUGGCGGUUGCUGAUUUGUGGGCUCCGACAUGGGCGGCCUGUGGAGUCCUUGAAAAGGCUCUUGGAGGAUUUUCAGCCUGCCGCCAUUUUCAUCGAGCUCAGUCGAGAAGACUUCUUCAAUGUCCGUACCAGGAGCGAAUUUGCCGACGCCGCACCGGAGUGCGCUGAGGCCAUCAGGUGGGCUGAGCGCCACGACCGCACGGUGAUACCCUUGGACCGGCCACAGCUCUCCAGCCGCCGGCGCUUGGCGCAGAAGAUGGCCUUGGAGCCCAUGCAGCUGGUCGCUGCCAGGAAGUUUUGGGGCGAGGUGCCCGAGCACCUCGAUCCAAUUGCAUGGAGAGCUUCCUUGCGGAAGAAUUGCCCUGCAUUGCAUGAGGUCAUCCUGGAAGAACGGGAUGAGCUCAUGACAUACCGGAUACUGCUUGCCUUGGAGUCCCGUUUGAAGGCUCAAGGCCCCCGAUCUCGUACAGGCAAGGCGUUCCACAACGACUUGCCAUUGUCCACCCUUCUGGAGCGCAUACGCUUGCGGGAGAAAAGCCGCCUAAAUGACGCCAUGGCUUGGAGUUUGCAUCCGCAAAAGGCCCUUCGGGAGCUGCCAUCCUGGCAAGACGUGGAAAGUGCGCAGAUCGAUCCCGACAAUAUCUUAGUCCUGUGUGGGCCAGCUCACGUGCAGGAGCUUGGGCAUCGAUUGCAGGUGAUCUUCGAGGACAGCGCUUUCUCCCGCCGCUUCUUGGCUUCCAACGCAGCGCUGCUGCCGCAGCUGAUGACGACCUUUGCAGAGGAGCGCAGUUCACACGAGGAGGCUCAGGAAUGGCUCCUGAGAGCUCGAAGCUUUCUAGAGAGUUCUGGUGCAAUGACCGAAGAGAAGAGCACGGAGAGUGCAAAAGGCUUCGGGCCUUUGACUAUGCUCGCCAACCAGGUUUGGCAGCUGCUUCCACAGCAGGAAGGUGGCGAGGAUAUUCCUGAACCACCGCUUCGAAAUGCAGACUUCAUCCAAGAGCGCUUGAGAGAACUGUCCAAGAAGCCACUUCCUAUUUGGCCGGUGGUUUUGCUGGCCUACAUAGCAUGUCCCGUGCUAGUGUUUGUGCUGAUUCCAGCAGCCAUCGAUUUACAGUGGAUACGGAUUGGCCCACAAGUGCCUUCUUUGCUCACAGAUUCGGAAGAAGAAAUGAGCCAGCAAUGCACGCUAUUGCACAACUUGUUUCAUGGGAACAAAACCAAAGAAACAAGGAAAUGGCAAGUUGAGCCAUCACAAGGGUUGUUUUUUCUGCAGGCGUUUGCUCCUGGCACAUUGCUACUGCGCACCCUGAAGAGAGGCUCCACCUCAUUUCCCCUUGUCAGACUAUGUCAGAUUACAUACCAAUUAGAGUUUAGAGCUUUGAACUUGGACUCUUGA